GCUGGUCUGUGCUACUGUCGGGCGUUCUGACUAUUGGUCCGUCCGGCCGUGCUGCGCUUUGUUGUGCAUGGCGCUGGAGGACACUAAGGAGGACGACCGAAUCUUGCGAUCGGCUAGACACCCGAUUGCCCACUUGGCAUUAGGACCAGAGGGAGACAGAUACCUGUUCCGUCAGCGUAGGGAGAGGCUGCAGAAGCAGAGGAGAGCUAGAGCAACAGAGGCUAGCAGGGCACUAGUAAGUGAAGCCGCAUCUUCGAAAGCAAAGGCCACUUCUGCGCAGCAGACUACCCAGGCUAGCAGUUCAGGUUCUGUUGGGUCAACGGUCGCUCAGACCCAGAGUCAGUCCGCUGGCGUAAUGGCAAGCCAACCAUUGGCGAUGACACCCGAGGAGGUCGCCAUACAGCGAGCUGCUGCUCGCAAGGCACAGCUACAGCAGGCUUUAGGCGAGAUUAAGGCUGAGAAAGAGAGAAUGAUUAGGAGAAGAGCCAGGAUGCAACGGAGAGAAGCAAACGUUAGUGAGUUAGAGGAGAUGGAUCUGACGCACAUGAGUGACGAAGUGAGGACCAUACGGCCUGUCCUGCUAGACGUAGUUGAAAUGCAGGACCACCAGACAGCCCUCCUUCAAGACAUUCAGCAGAGUCUGGCCGUAUUGGUCGGACGAGCUCAGUUUGCGCCAUCGCCGUCCAGGCCAGGUGCCUGGCCCGUUGCACAUCCUCCUCCUUUUGUCCCACCGGUGAAUAGGGUAUCCCCAUACACAGCCCCAACAUCGGUUCAGACCGGUUCCCUGGGCAUGCCGCUAUCAGGAGGGAUCUCAGCAGGUCCUAGUUUGCAGGUUCCUGUACAGCCAGUGUAUUCCCAACCUCCGUUGCAGAUUUCAGUUACAACGCAACCUGAUGUCUCGCAGCAUGUACAGCCGCAGGGUACACAACCCCUGCAGCCAGUGCAGCCGCCUGUAUCUCAGGGUCCACAGCCCAGUGGGAUGCAGGGACCGGGACAAACUCAGUGGGUACCAGAGACAGCCAUCGCUGCUCCUAAACCCUUCACAGGGGAUAAGAGGGGCGAAGACCUCGACACUUGGUUGAAGGCAGUGCCGGUCUAUGUCAAGUGUAAACUCACCUUGUCGCACGAGGAAGUGCUUGUGGCUGCAUCCUACCUAGAGGGUAGUGCAGCAAAGUGGUUGAGCGGUUUAGUACAACUACAGGGAUACGGUCACAACUUUCGCUCUUGGGCGGUCACACAGCAAUUGGAUGACUUCCUCAAGUUGGUGGAAGAAAGGUGGCAUGAUCCUCAGGAGGCCCAAAAGGCCACUGAUGCGAUCCUGACACUGCACACGAUGCAGUUAAAGUCAGUAAGGGAGGCCACCGACGCUGUAGAGCAUCUGAUUUGUGUCCCUGGGGUGCGCUAUGACCCCCAGGUUUUACUCAGCUCCUGCCUGAGAUGCUUUCCCAUGCCUCUCAGGAAUCAGUUGGCAGGUGAGGCCAACAUCAAUGUUCACAACUUCCCCUCGUUUAGCAAGAAGGCCCUAGAGGCGAAGAUAGGGCAUGGGAAGGCACCCACUACGGAUGGUAGGAAAAAGUCACUGCCUCCCAACUGGAAGGCGAAGGGUCGCAUAAUGUUUGUUGAUAACGAUGGUUCCACCAUCGAGUUAGAGGACAACUUCCAGGAGGGCAACUAUAGCAUAGUUGCCGCCCCUUUGACUGAUCUGACCCGCCUUGACACCCCAUGGGAGUGGACCGAGAGAUGCGAGGCUGCUUUCAGACAUCUGAAGCAUGCGUUGACGCAUUACGAAGUCUUGAAACUUCCUGAUCCUGACAAGCCAUUGAUAGUGACUACGGAUGCUAGCCAAUAUGGCAUAGGCGCCGUACUUGCACAACAAGAGGGGAAAAAGUUAAGGCCAGUUGAGUACAUAUCCAAGAAAAUGUCGUCUCAGAAGUUGGCUAAGUCCACCUAUGAGAAGGAACUCUACGCGGUGUACAAGGCUCUGACCCAUUGGAGGCACUAUCUCCUUGGGAAGUUCUUCAUCUUCAGGACUGAUCAUCAGACCCUGAGAUGGAUGAGAACUCAGCCGGUACUCUCUGACACUCUCAAGCGUUGGAUCGAAGUCAUAGAGCAGUAUGACUUCGAGCCCCAGUACAUUAAGGGCGAGUACAACAAGGUUGCUGAUGCCUUGACGCGUAGACCUGAUUUCUCAGGUGCGCUGAUUACUGAGUUCAAUCUUGCGGACAAUGUUACUCAGUCCCUGGUGGAGGCCUAUCGCGAGGAUCCAUUUAUGUUUGAGAUCAUCCGCAGACUCGAGGCAAAGGACAAAGGGACUUCUGUCGAGUUUGAGUUGGUCAACGGCUUGCUGUUCCUUGAGAAGGUAGAUUGGGAUGAGAAACUUGCUCUCAUCGCCACUUUGUACAAUAAUGUUGUGCACAAAGCAACCGGAGUCGGUCCUAACAGCUUGCUACUGACCUUCAGACCCCGACUGCCUUUAGACUUUUUACUACCUGACAAUCAGCCGACUGCUGCACCUGGGACUUUAAAGUUUGCUUAUCGAUAUGAGCAACUAAUGCAGCAGGCUGUUGAGCAGAUGCACAAGGCACAGGCGGCGAUGAUAGAGUCUGAGAACAAACACCGUCGCCCAUCCACAUUUCAGGUAGGAGAGAGAGUCUGGGUCAAGUCCUUAGAACUGGGACAGGAGCACGGGAUCUCCCGCAAGCUCAUGCCACAGUACUUUGGACCGUGGGAGGUAUUGGAUGUCGUGGGGAAUGAACCGGAUGGCCCGUCUUAUGUUAUUCGCAUCCCUGGUCACUUACGCACUUACCCUGUCUUUCACGCCUCCAAGCUUGCACCUUUCAAGGAAACAGAUCAGUUUCCUUCUCGACGCUCAAUGCUGGCCCCAACCAUGGAUGGAGAGGUGGACAUAGACUACAUCGUGGAUCACAGGGAGCUGCCCGUUCCAAGACCGACAGGCAGGGGACGUCCUCCGAAACCGAAGCUGCAGUACCGAGUUCGGUUCCGACAUCAUCUGGAUCCAAAGGAGGACCGCUGGUUCACUAGGGAGGAACUCAUGCAGACCGCUCCUCAGAUCGUAGCUCAAUAUGAGAAAUCUCUGCAGAAGGGAAAGCGCUAGAUCAUCGAAGACUGAACUUCUCAGAGGACUAGCGAAGUUAUGGAGGAGGGAAUGCGAGGCUUAUGCCCCUAUGAG